CUAGAGGGGAAGUACGGUAAAUAUUUUUUUGGAAGGACAUGGUUUCUUGAUUUCUCUCUUUAACUCAUACGGCGCAGAAACGAACGGUUCCUGCCAUUGAAGUUGCAGACGGAAGUGAAAGAAAUGGAAGCGGAGAAGACAGGGAAGCGAUUCGUGGGGAAGGUAGCAAUAGUCACGGCUUCGACUCAGGGCAUCGGCUUCGCCAUCGCUCAACGCCUCGGCUUCGAGGGCGCCUCUCUCGUCAUCUCUUCUCGCAAGCAGAAAAAUGUGGACGAAGCAGUUGAGAAGCUAAGAGGGAAAGGAAUUGAGGUUUUGGGAGUUGUUUGCCAUGUUUCGAACUCGCAGCACAGGAAGAAUUUGAUAGAGAAGACACUCCAGAAAUAUGGAAGGAUAGAUGUAAUUGUGUCCAAUGCAGCAGCCAACCCUUCUGUGGAUUCAAUUUUAGAAACCAAAGAGUCUAUCCUUGACAAGCUAUGGGAUAUCAAUGUGAAAGCCUCUAUACUCUUAUUGCAAGAUGCAGUUGCUCACCUCCAAAAAGGCUCAUCAGUUGUUUUAAUAUCUUCAAUCACUGCCUUCAACCCGCCAGCAGGAAUGUCUAUGUAUGGAGUUACCAAAACUGCUCUUUUAGGACUUACCAAGGCUCUUGCAGCAGAAAUGGCCCCAAAUACUCGCGUUAACUGUGUAGCACCGGGGUUCGUCCCCACUCACUUUGCUGAGUUCUUAACAAAGUCAGAUGAGAUGAGGAACUCUCUCGUGGAGAAGACGCUUCUGAAUAGGCUGGGAAAGACGGAAGACAUGGCUUCAGCCACAGCGUUUUUGGCAUCUGACGAUGCCGCUUAUAUAACCGGAGAGACUUUGGUUGUUGCCGGAGGAAUGCCUUCAAGGCUCUGAGAGAGACCCUUUCUAAUCGCACUGGUCGCGGGUGCACCCUCCAAAGUGCAAAUUGCACCCCUAAUAAUAUAUCGUGUCGCGUACACAAUUGUAAAAGAAAAGAAAGAAGAAACGUUUUGUACACGUGACAGAAUAUUAUCGGGGUGUAACUUGCACUUUGCUAAAAUUGUAAUGUUUUGUUUACUAGUAGUACUUAUUACAAUGUUUUUGUACUGGAAGAGAUGAUUCAUUUGCUCAAGUUAAAAUAAAUUCAGAGUGACUGC